AUGUCGAUCCCUCCACCUCCCGGAUACUACGUCCCUGCGGUCCUUUUUAUGACCGAGAGCGAGGAUUUCGAUGUCCCAGCGAUCAAAGCACAUGUCCUAAGACUGGCCAAGGGAGGCGUGACUGGAAUCCUGGUACAAGGCAGCAAUGGAGAAGCUCAGCUCCUCUCGCGCGAAGAACGUAUAGAGGCGAUCAAGCUCACUCGCAAGACUUUGGAUGAGAAUGGGUUUCAGAAUACUGUAGUCAUCGCUGGAACGGGUGCUCAGUCGACAAGGGAGACGAAGCAGUUUAAUAUUGACGCGAAGGAAGCCGGUGCAUCCCAUGUCCUCGUCCUUACACCAUCUACUUGGCCCCCACAGAUGACGGUGGACAACGUGAUCAAGUUCCACACCGAGGUUGCCGAUGCCUCCCCCAUCCCUACCAUGAUCUACAACUUCCCUGUCGUUACAGCUGGCCAGGAUCUUGACUCGGACACCAUCGCCACUCUUGCCGCACAUCCAAACAUCGUAGGCACUAAACUUUCUUGUGGGAACAUUGGGAAACUUCAGCGGCUCACUUCACGAUUCUCGCCCUCCGAGUUUGCCGUUUUUGCGGGAAGAACGGAUUUUUUCCUUCAUGGUCUUAUUUCAGGGAGUGCAGGGUUGAUAGGUGCAUCUGUAAACAUCGUGCCCAAGCUGCACGGAAAACUGCUACAGCUUUACCGGGAGGGGAAGUUGGAGGAGGCCACUGCACUGCAAGCUAAGAUGGGACAUGCAGACUGGGCUGUGCAGAAGAUUGGAGGGAUCGGAGGUGUGAAGAGUAUCGUUUCGAGGAACUUUGAUUACGGUGAGACGGUAGUGCGGGCGCCGCUGAAACGAGUUGCCUGGGAUGCUUUGGCGGUGAACAAACAUUACGGCGCAAUAGAGGAGGUGAUAGCGUUGGAAAAGGUGCUAUGA